AGACGUGUGUCGAAUGUGAAACACUAAGGUAGUUAGAGCUGUUCAGCUUGGAGCUAGAGCUAACUGUAGCUAUCUAUUUAUGCAGUUACCUAUCAUAUUUGAAAUGUAUUUCCAUUUAUGCACAGUAUAUAUCUUUCCUUUUCUAUUUUUCUAUGCAUUUCAUUAUGUCGCUAUGUCAUUUCAUUUAUGUCAUUUACAUGUUUUACUUCAUAUUUACUAAUUUAUAUAAUUGUGUGUGUCUCACUCACAUUUCUGUGUACAUAUGAAAUCAGAGGAGAGCUUUAAAAAACAUGUACUUAUUUAUUAUUUGUCCUUAUUAUUUGUCUGAUUUAUAUCAGUGUUUAUUUACUCUUGCAUUUACCUGUGUUUUUCCUCCAUUUCUUUGCUAGUUUCUGCCCUCAGUGAAAUAUUUGGUUUCACAAAUGUGCACUUAUUAUGAACUGUACAUGUGUAAAAUGCAAAUAUUAUUUUAACAUUAUUUAAAUAUUAUUGUAUUGUAUUUCCAUGACACUACAUUACCACAUUUGAAAUACAUUCAUUUAGUUUCCCCUUUGUUCAGUACAUAUUUCCUUAUGAUCACAUUAUUAUAGCCAUUUCAUUGAUAUCUAAAAUAAUAUUACUGAUUGUCUAGAUUGAUAGGUGAAGUGAAGCUGGUGGUAUGUGUAAUGUAUUUGCCAUGUCGGCGCUGCCUGUCGUGUUCGUCAUGCUCUCCUUCUCUCUUGACAAUCAAGCGCUCUUAUAAUCUGGUCAGUCCCUAAAUAGAGACCUGAGUUAAUGAGGGUAGAGACAGAUUAUCUCCUCAUUGCUAUUGUCUCGCAAAAAGACUGUACUCUGUAGAUAAGAAGUGAAAGGGAGUCAGGGUAUUUGUUGAUGUUAAUAUAAGUAGAUUGAUUUGGAUGCACUGUUUUUGUUUGUCAAAUGGCCUCACAAUAUUAAUGUUAUUAACAAAAGAGUGUCUGUUUGUAUAGAUGGCCGCAUGUAAAACCCUCCAGUCAUGCUCAACACCGUUCAUUAGAGACACACAGGAAGAUGACAAAACACAAACGCAGCCAUUUUUCCUCUGUUUUUUCUCCUCCUUUUUCUCAGCAGCAGUGCAGUCAGCUGCAGGUCACGUGAACGGCUGCCUCUUUCUACUGAGCAUGCUCAGACCCAUCAGUGUUGUCAGGCAAAAUAUAAGACAGCAGUAGGAGCCGAGAUCUGCAAUAGAUAAACACAGCGGCGGCUUUGCUCUGAUGAGACAGGCUUUUAAAAAGCAACAUUGUAGGUCUGCGUCUUUAAAUAUUUGCCUUUGCCUCGGGAUUUUAAGGGAGGGAGGAAGGUGCGCUCUUGAAGAGAGGGGGGAGGCAGCAGAGGCAAGGACAGAGUCCCGGUCUCCAUCCCUCUGUGAAGAUAUCCGGUCGUCAAUCGCCUUGGAAAUAAGACAAAAUGAACCACUGGACUCCAGGUUCUGAACAUGCCUGAGUGAGCUCCAGUACAGCAGAUCCAAUGGACAUCAAAGGGCAGUGCUGGACAGACGAGGAGUCGGACGGCGACAACGAGUCGGAACAGUUCCUCUACGGCAUCCAGGGGAGCUGUGCAGCAGAUCUCUAUCGCCACCCACAGCUGGAUGCAGAUAUCGAAGCAGUGAAAGACAUUUACACCGACAGUGCUGUGUCUGUCAGGGAGUAUGGAACGAUUGAUGACGUGGACAUCGACCUUCACAUCAACAUCAGUUUCUUAGAUGAGGAGGUUGCCACGGCUUGGAAAGUCAUCAGAACCGAGCCCAUUAUUCUGAGACUGCGCUUUUCUCUUUCUCAGUACCUCGAUGGCCCCGAGCCGUCCGUAGAAGUGUUCCAGCCGUCCAACAAAGAUGGCUUCAGCCUCGGACUUCAGCUUAAAAAAAUCCUGAGCACGUUCACGUCUCAGCAGUGGAAGCACCUCAGUAAUGAGUUCCUCAAAGCCCAGCAAGAGAAGAGGCACAGCUGGUUCAAAGCUGGGGGAACGAUCAAGAAGUUCCGUGCGGGGCUCAGCAUCUUCUCCCCCAUACCCAAAUCUCCCAGUUUCCCUCUGAUCCAAGACACGGUGUUGAAAGGAAAGCUGAGCGUUCCGGAGCUCAGAGUGACCCGACUGAUGAACCGAUCCAUCUCGUGUACCAUGAAGAAUCCAAAAGGAGAACUCUUCAGUUACCCCCCCAACAGCCAGACUGUGGCUGUCCCGGCGGCCAGGGCCCCUGCGCAGAUUACCACGAGGCAGCUGAUUGAAUUGUUUUUCUCAUCCCAGGCGGGGGGCCACUGCAAGAACAUCCCAACCUUGGAAUAUGGCUUUUUAGUGCAGAUAAUGAAGUACUCGGAACAGAGAAUCCCCACUCUGAAUGAAUACUGCGUGGUGUGUGACGAACAGCAUGUCUUUCAGAACGGAUCCAUGCUGAAGCCGGCCGUCUGCACACGGGAGCUGUGUGUGUUUUCCUUCUACACGCUGGGUGUGAUGUCCGGAGCUGCAGAGGAAGUGGCCACUGGGGCUGAGGUGGUGGACCUGCUCGUGGCUAUGUGCCGAGCUGCUCUGGAGUCUCCACGUAAGAGCAUCAUCUUCGAGCCCUACCCCUCGGUUGUUGACCCCAAUGACCCCAAGACUUUGGCAUUCAACCCAAAGAAGAAUUAUGAGAGACUGCAAAAGGCAUUGGACAGUGUCAUGUCUAUCCGGGAAAUGACCCAGGGCUCAUAUUUGGAGAUCAAAAAACAGAUGGACAAACUGGACCCUUUGGCUCAUCCUCUGCUUCAGUGGAUCAUUUCCAGUAACCGGUCUCACAUUGUCAAGCUCCCCCUCAGUAGGCAACUGAAAUUCAUGCACACCUCCCACCAGUUCCUGCUGCUCAGCAGCCCCCCGGCCAAAGAGGCUCGCUUCCGCACUGCCAAGAAGCUCUACGGCAGCACCUUCGCCUUCCAUGGUUCCCAUAUAGAGAACUGGCACUCUGUUCUGAGAAAUGGACUAGUCAAUGCCUCUUAUACCAAACUGCAGCUGCAUGGGGCAGCGUACGGAAAGGGCAUCUAUCUAAGCCCCAUCUCCAGCAUAUCGUUCGGAUACUCAGGAAUGGGGAAAGGACAGCACCGCAUGCCCACUAAAGACGAGCUGGUGCAGCGCUACAACCGCAUGAACACCAUCCCACAGAGUCGUCCGAUCCAAUCAAGGUUCCUUCAGAGUCGGAAUCUCAACUGCAUCGCUCUGUGUGAAGUGAUAACAUCCAAGGACCUGCAGAAACACGGCAACAUCUGGGUGUGUCCCGUGUCUGACCACGUUUGUACUCGCUUCUUUUUUGUGUACGAAGACGGACAAGUGGGAGAUGCCAACAUCAACACACAGGAGCCCAAGGUGCAGAAGGAGAUCAUGCGUGUGAUCGGGACGCAGAUCUACUCCAGCUAAUGUCGGUGCUCUGCCGUGGCUGAGGGCGGACGGACGGAUGGACGGAGUGUUUGGACGGAGCUGACCUCAGACCCGGCGUUGAAGUCUCUCUGAGCACAUUUCUUUCAAAUUCAUGCUUCUCAUUUGACUCCUCGGUCUGUGACUCAACCACAUUCAGGCCUAAAAAAAAAACCUCUGCUGCUGCACUUUCAAUUAAUUUUCUGAUGCUUUAUUUCGUUUUUCAGCUGCCACCCAUUUAUGAUUCGCUAUUAUCUGUGUUUAGAAUUAUUCAGAAAGCGAGGUGCAGCUGAACACUGGGAGCACUUUCAUACCACAUACAUACAUUUUUUUAUUAAUAGUUUUGCAUUAUCAAAACUUUUAAAAGCCUAAAAAAUAUAUAGAUAUUUAAAUUUUGUCAAAUGUUUUUUCGUUUAUGUCUUCUGUUCAUCUUCAUCCUAUUUUAAUUAAUUUAUGAAUCAUAAUUAAUAUAUUUUGUUAGUUAUUUAAUAUCCUUUUGGGAUCGUUCAAAUUGAAACAUUAAAAUUGGAUUUAUAUGAACAAAUGCAUCUAACAAAGAAAAACACCAGAUUAUAUCAGGUUAAAGCUGAAUGAGAACUGACUGAAAUAUAUGAUGGAUUUAAUAUGAAUGCAAAAUCUCUGUUUCACUCCCAGAUUUGUUUCAUAUAAAAUCCUUGCCUCCCUAACAAGUGUGUUUAAAUUGACCUAUAAACACAUUAUUUAAAUUGCAGAUUAUAGUGUAGAAAAUAUUUAAUAUUAACAAGAAACAUUAAAAUUGGUCAUUUUAAAUUCACUCUUCCACUCACCUUUGAUAAUGUAGCAAAGUGAAAGCAUAAAUACUUGCAUUCAUAUUUACCAUCACGUUUCAGGUGCGAUGGAUCGUAAUGAAGCUUUGACGUCUCAUCCCAGCUCAAUUCUGUCAUACACUCAAACCAAAAGACACCUUUGUCAAGGCAACACUAAUUCAGUGCAGUCACACAUGUAAUCUGUUGACAAAUAUAUAUGAUCAAUACACCAAUACGGGCAUAUUCAGAACACCAAUAUUGUGUCUGCCAUUUCACGGUAAUGUCUGAUGGUCAGCUGUACAAACCACAGGGACCGUUUUACUCUGCUCCUGGCGGGCCUCAGCCUCUCAUCCCCACCUUAUAGACGACGUAAAGACUUCAAGGGGAUCACAACGGAGGACGGCCUUGUAUAGCUACUACAUCUGAUCAGUUAGUCCUGUUAUUGUGCGUGUGUGUUUCCUCUACAUGAUACUAGACCUUGCACUUACUCAGCGUUUGCCUAAACUGGAGAAGUGGACUGGUGAAGAGCAGAGGAGCGGGACAUCCAACAUCAUAUCUGUACUCUGAAGGGCUCACGGUGUCUUAUGGGGCUGAAAAUGACAGCAAGGCGGAGCUAAAUGUACAUAAUGGACUCUGAUGAAGACUCAGAAAUGCAAAGGUGGUCAUGUGAUCUGAGCCUGUGCUGACACCGUCCCGGACCGGAGGAUACUGGAAUGAUGCACAGAGACGCUGGUUAUAUUUGACCAUAGAAGCCGACAAUGUGGGUUAAGGAAUAAAGCCUGAUUUUGCACAGUUUUACACAUGGAUUCUUUUCUUUUUGUUGUUCUGCCCUGUGCCUCUGUUCAUUCUGGCCACCAGGUGGCAGCUCUGCUCCGUCAGUCGAUCAUUUCAUCAUUUAUUUAUAUAGUUAUCUUUGAAUUAAUCAAGUGAUUGUAUAACGGUUAUUGAUUAAUGAUUUACUCCUCUUUUCCUUGGACAUUUUCUUGCAUGUUUUUUCUCCUAAUAUUCAGUCUUAUUCUUUCAUCUGUUUCUCCUCACAGCUUCCACGCAAUCCACUACAUUUAUAACCCCAAAACAGUAGAGAAAAGUGUCAUAUAUUUCUGUCAAAUCCUCAAUUUUGCAAUGGAAUAAUUUCCUAUACGACACGUAAGUGUUUAUUAUGCUUUAUUUCCUUUUAUCUACAAUCAUGCUUCAAAAUAAUAUGGUGCUUUUAUAAGGAUAUAUAAUCAUUAUUAAAGUAUAAGUUUUAACGUAUGAUUGAAAGCAUAAUAAACACACAAUCACGUGUGUAUCUGUAUAUUUGUGAGCAGCAAAAUUACCAACUGUUUGCUACAAACGUGAUGUUGCUGAUGGCAACUUCGAGUGCUAUUGCAACAACACUUCCUUCCAACCAGAAACCCAUCUUGUGCAUUACUUUUGGCUCAAUGUAGAAAGUACCCACUGUAAACAGUGCAAAUUCCCAAAGAUGUUAGUGGUUGGUCCUGCUGAAAUCUCUGUGAGGACCGCCAAAUGACUGGUCCAGCUCUGACUGACUCACAAAAGUAGAUGUUUUUGGGACGUGAUAAAGGCCACAGACUCCGUGAGUCAAGG